UCGAAAUACGUGAUCAGCUAUCGGGACGUCAGCUGUUUUUGCAAGGCACCUAUGUCAAGCAACUGUUUUUUCCCCAAUGGUUAAACACCUUUCAACAGACAACGACAUCCAGAAUCCAUGUUCAAGAAGAAAGAAACAGAUUACCCCGCCCGUAAGUGUACAGUCAGAAUCAGAAAACAGUGUUAGCACUGUGAAUGUCCAUUCAGAAAUCACAGUUGAUGACAGUCUUCUUCAUCAAUAUUGUAUUGUACAGUACGACAAUGUGCCGUAUCCUGGGUUGAUCACAAGCGUUGAGUCUGAUGGUGCAGGUCUGGAAAUAAGUGUGAUGCACAGUAUUGGCGACAAUAGAUUUUUUUGGCCUAGAGUGGAUGAUGUGUGUGUCUAUGAAAUGGCGAAUGUGCUAACACUGAUUCCGCCACCAAUGAAAAUCACGCGCCACUAUCAGGUUGACAAAGAAAUUUGGGAAAAUGUGAAGGAUCAUAUGAACAUUUAAUCCAGUGAACUUAGGCAUAUAUGUUGCUUUUGGUUACAUUUUACAGUUGAAUUGUUUAACAUUAAGUUCUUAAUCAGCAAGUUUGUGUUAAAUUACAAUUUGAUAUGAUUUAUCAAGUGUUUCUGAUGGAGCUAGCAGGAAAAUUCAAUACCGUGACGCAAAAUCCAUACCAGAACGUCAAUUCCAUACCGAAACGAUGGCGAAAUAUCAGUGUAUAGAUGUUUUGUAAAAAGUAAAUGCAUCGGAACUUGUUGCAUAGUAUUACCAGACGUGAAUUAUAACUAUAUUGGGAAACUCAUUGCAAAACAUGAAACCAGAAUGAAAUAAAAGUCUUUAUCUCACAUUUUUUACGUGGCUUUUUCAAUUUCUGAUGUAUAAAAUCAGGUUGUGUCCUGUUUGGGGCUAUUAAUUUGUCACCUUUUAUGAUCUGUCAUUUUGAACAU